CUUACCAACAUGAGCAUUCAAGCAGUUCUCGCAGGGGCCAUCUAGAGCAUUAUUUGGCCUCGCGCAUUUAGAUUUUAUCUUCCUACAAUGCAAGCAAGCUGUAGUCAGUUAGAUAUGAAGUAGUUGUGUGUGUGAAACGGAUACCUUUACUAGAUCGUUUGCGCUGCUUAUCUGCGUUAUUAUUGGGUAUUGGAGUAGAAGUACUAGGAUAGUUUAAUGCGUAGUUAAAAUUAUUAUACUCCUCCAUAGAUCGUCGUAUUGGUUCAAGGGAUCUCUUGAUUUCAAACGGCUAAGAGAUGGCAAACACAAACAACAGGAAAUCUAAUAGACAGAAGUUAUUAUCAGAGAUAGAGGAUGAAGAGGAUAGGGAUAUUAGGAAGCCAGCUAAAUUCAGGCUUCAUCAGCCAUCUGACUUUAAUUUGACGAAUUCACACUCUAAAGCCGAAGUGCGGACUCCUAAGCAAUCUAAACAUAUUAAGAAGCCACAUAGUGUACCAGCUAAGGGUUUAUCUGAUGCCUGGGAUAUGCCUACUUCAUCCGGAAUGACAAAACGAAACGAGCCAUAUAAUUGGCAGGAAGUCUUACAAUCUUUACCUUCAACCACAACACCUAAUAAGAAGCAACAUCACAACCAUCCUACUCAGCGAUCUCAAUCACAAUCUGCUACGAAAUCUAAGCCAGCUAAACAGACACAUCAAAUGCGCCCACGUACGAACUCCUUAAAUGAUAGCACCGGUUUGAAUUGGCAGCAAAUUCAGCUCACAAAGACAUUUAAUUCUAAGCCAACACCUUCAAAAUCUUCUAACAAUAUAAGGAAAAACCUCCAACAAAGUCAACAUCGUCAAAAAUCUGAUUCAGCCAUUUUUAUGUUACAAGAUAACGCCUACGCAGGUGCUGCAUUUCAUAAUUCACCCGCGCCAACCGACUUACCGGCACCACAAUUCCUGAAAUAGUUAUUAGUUAGUAUACCCUUAAGUAUAUUUAUUAUAGUACUUCUAGUUGAGUUGAUUAUAUUAGCGUAUGUUUUAUUUAAAAUUAUCUAUUUCGCCUGAUAACCGAGUUAGUCAAAUCACAGAAUAAGACACCUUGAAUACGAUCUUUUUAAAGACCAGAGAGACAUACACUCGUUUUAUAGUUGAAACACUCAUUGAU